UUUGUUUUUUUUCAACAGGGAAUUUUUUCUUGGACCUAAUGAGUAUCUGGACUGUCGGUGAAUUUCAAAGGGGGUUAAAAGGGUCCCUGGUGGCAAAAGGUUUGUGAAUCACUGCUCUAACCAACACAAGAUUGUUUUCGGUUGUAUUAUGCCGUGACCGUGUCCACUGUGGCGCCCUCUGCUGGCGCGGGUGUAGAGCUUGGUGAUGAAAACUGUAAACGAAACCAAGAAACCCUGACGUACACGGUCAUACAGUGGCUCCAAGAAAUCGAAAGCUAGGACACGAACAGUAAAGUCACAGUAAAGUAUAUAUAUAUAUAUAUCUGAGAAUGGAGGACAAGCAAAACCAUGAACAAAGUCUUGCAUCCACAGAAAUUCCUGCAGGGGGCGACAAAGAAAGCAAUAAAACUCCUGAAGCAAAGAUUCAAGGAAAAGUUGCCAAGAAGAAAAAACGUGUGAGAAAUAAGCAAAGGGCAGAAAGGGCAUCUUCUGACCAAAUCAUUACACCGCAUAACACUUCUCAUCAUCCAUCUGACAAAGAAAAACAGUGCUUAAAGCCCCAGCACAUGCCGACUCUAACCUGUGACCGUUCGACCCAGACAGAGACUCUUAAAAACAUGUCCCAGAACCAGGCUACUCAAACUCCUUCACUAGAGCGCAUUCACACACAGCCUACCGAGUCAAAAUCAACCCAGACUAAACCUGCCAAGCUCUCAUAUAAACAGUUGUAUGAAGGCCAGACAUCUGUAGAUGAAGGCCAAGACUGUGCUCCUGAUCAGAGCAGAAACCCGGAGAAGCUCACUGUGCUCACCUGGAACAUAGACGGCCUGGAUCCUGAAGAUAUCAGAGAACGGAUCCCGAGUCUGUUGUUUCAUUUAGGAAAGUACCGUGCAGAUGUGGUCCUACUGCAAGAGCUUAUCCCACCUUACCUAAAGAUUUUAAAAGAGAUUAUGACAGAUUAUGAGUUUUUGCCAGGCAGUGAUGAUGGCUAUUUUACUGGAAUAUUGCUUAGAAGGUGCAGAAUUGAAUUAGUUCAGAGGAACAUUGUGAAUUAUCCCACUACAGAAAUGGGGAGGAAUCUGUUAAUGGCUGAGGUAAACUUCUUAGGCCAUCAGCUUUGUAUUAUGACCUCUCACUUGGAGAGCUUAAAGGCCAGCUCACAGGAGCGCCUGAACCAGUUGCGCAGGGUCUGGAAGAGGAUGAGGGAGGCACCAGACAGCCAGACAGUCAUAUUUGGAGGAGACACCAACAUGAGAGACUGGGAGGUGAAGAAGUUAGGAGGUCUCCCUGAUGGCAUUACAGAUGUAUGGGAGAUGCUUGGAGAGCCAGAGGAUUGCAAGUACACCUGGGACACUGUCAAUAAUAAUAACAAAGGACUCCCUUUCUCUGCACGACUGCGUUUCGACCGCAUUUACAUGAGAGCGGCUAGAGAGGGCACUCAGCUACGGCCAGACACCAUGACACUGGUGGGUCUGAAGAGACUUGUGACAUGUGGUCGUUUCACCAGUGAUCACUGGGGCAUUCUUUGCACAUUCUCUUUUGUGUCUUCAGCGGAGUAGUACUUAUGAAGUUCUUCUUACAAUUUGACUUUAUUUAACAGCAUAAAAGCUGGAACCUCUUUUGAGGCCUUUUUGGUGUGUAAAUUCAGUAUUUAAUUAAGCAGCCUUUUCUCUUUGGAACUCAUUAGGUAUAAUUCGUCACAAUCCAAGGAUUUGACAUCACAGAAAUUAUGAUGAUGUGGAAAUUGACUCUAUUAUAAUAAUCAUGCUAAACUAUUAUUAUUAUUAUUAUUAUUAUUAUUAUUAUUAUUACAUGUUUUAAUUAUUGCUGGAGUUCAUGAUUUUUUUUUUCCACUGGAGGGCACUCUAUAGCAGUUCCUCUUGGAGCACUCCUGCUUCUCAUCUAUAAGCUGUUGUAUUUACCAGCAUUACCAUUUCUGUUUUUAGUAGUCCACACAAGCCCACAAAAGGGAAUAGAUAAGAGCCAUUAUAAGGCAAAAUAACAGAUCUGAUAAGCAGCAAUAUUAUACUGGUGCUAUACUCAAAAUGUUGAGCUACACUUAGACUGCAGUGAUGUGUACACAGCACUGGCACAUUUGAUUCAUUUACUCGAUUUAAUUUUAAGAAAUUGCGUUAUCCUUGGCCAGAAUCAGCAUUACGUUUUUAUUGCCACGCUUUCCAGCAAGGGUUUUUGUUUUCUUUCAGUCACCUUUGCAGGCAACACUGGACAACCUUGUCUAAACAGAUGGAUGGGAAUAAUUCUUUGGUGGGGAGCUAGAAAACAGGGCCUUGUGUUUUCAUUUGGAAAAUUGAUUUGGAGCUCAUCUUCUCUGCUGCUUAAUCCAAACAGAAUUGAAAUAUGCCGGUAAAAUCCACUGGAAAUCAGGAAUGAUGGCAGGCUGUCAGCAAAAAUAAUUAAUUGUCAUUGGAGUUUUGGGGAAAUGGGUUAAAAAAGAGAAAUGUGCUUGUAAAUUCUGUAUCAGAGUAAAGUGGAUGGUCUAUGUCCAUCUCCAGUGGACAGCAGAGCUCACAUGCGAGUAGCUACCUUUCUCUGUUCAUCUUUCAUAUUAAAUUAGAUAUAUGAUUACACUCAGUGAAAAUCCAAUGUUAAGGUUGAACCUUCAUGUUUAAGAGUAAUAAAUGAACAAAAAUAUGACAGGGGCUUUCAAAUUAAACAGAUUUUUCAUGUGUAAUCUGUGGAAUUUAAUAUAUUUAAUGUAUUGUUGGAUGAAACGGGAUAUUAAAGCAUUAUUUAAAUGAAAAUGUAAAGUAUGUUUUUUUUCUCUGCUGCUUCUGACCUGCAUUCUGAUAGGGGCACUUUAUUAUACUUCUCCUUGUAAUGCAUUGUUGAUUUAUUUAAAUCCCUGGCUGCAUAUGUCAUUAGAUGUCUAUUACAGGGUCAAACAAGGUUCUUGUUCAAGGUUCUUUAUCUGCUACAUUCAUUUCUCCUUAAUUUUUUACAUAAUUGAUUUGGCACUGGAAUUGCAGUUUACAAAAACAUCUGACUUUUGUAUUCAUUUGGCAGUUUGAGACAUGUAUUUAGUGGGAUCAUGAGAAACUAUUGAGUCUUGGUCACGAUACACGUAUAGAGAAAAAAGACAAAAGCUUAUACCGUAUACAUUAUUAUGCAGGAUCUUGGUGUGUUACUCCACUAAUUUGUUAGCAAAUCAGAUUAGUAUGUAGAAUGUUGAUCAAUCAUUUAGCCAAAAGCAUUUUUGUAUAAAAUCCUAACACCCAACCUCUUUCCUGUUAAGCAUGAGCAUAACUAAAUAAUGAGUACAUGCAUAUAGAAUGUACACAAUGUAAAGUUACAUGCUAAUUACAUUUACAUUUACAUUUAUUCACUUAGCAGACGCUUUUAUCCAAAGCGACUUACAAAUGAGAAAGAUACAAGCAAAGCG